AAUUGAAGGGAACAGAAACAGAGAAAAGAGAAGGGGAAGGGAAGGGGAGAAUAUACUGAAACACAGAGAGAGAGAGAGGCAAAUCACGUGGGAUUGAGAGCAGCCGAAGAGGAGACAACUCCACCGUUACGCACCUCCUCCUCCUCCUCCUCCUCCUCCUCCUUUCCCCACUUCUCCAUCUGAAGCAAACCUUUCUCUCUCUCCUCUCAUCGAUCCCCCUCCGCCUUCUCUGUGUGUAUCUCUCUGGGUGUUGUUUGUUUGAUCGAUUCGGUUCGGUUCGAAUUUUGGGGGAGAAAGGAAAAAUGGAGGAGAGCUUGCUGUGCCAGUGGAGCGUGUUCAGAUCUCUCCUCGCCAUCGUCCAGUGGUGGGCUUUCAACGUCACCGUGAUCAUCAUGAACAAAUGGAUCUUUCAGAAAUUGGAUUUCAAGUUUCCUUUGACUGUAUCCUGUGUUCACUUCAUAUGCUCGGCUGUUGGAGCUUCCCUGGUUAUCAAGGUGUUGAAGCUCAAACCUUUGAUAAUGGUUGACCCUGAAGAUCGCUGGAGAAGGAUCUUCCCAAUGUCUUUUGUCUUUUGCAUAAACAUAGUUUUGGGGAACGUGAGCUUGCGAUAUAUCCCAGUCUCUUUCAUGCAGACCAUAAAGUCAUUUACUCCUGCAACCACAGUUGUUCUUCAGUGGCUUGUGUGGAGCAAGUACUUUGAUUGGCGUAUAUGGACUUCUUUAAUACCCAUUGUCGGAGGAAUUCUUCUUACAUCCAUUACAGAACUCAGUUUUAACAUGUUUGGAUUUUGUGCUGCCUUGUUUGGCUGCCUAGCUACUUCAACAAAGACCAUUCUUGCUGAGUCUCUAUUGCAUGGGUACAAGUUUGACAGCAUAAACACUGUGUACUACAUGGCACCAUUCGCGACCAUGAUCUUGGCUGUCCCAGCAAUGCUUCUGGAAGGUUCUGGGGUCAUCCUGUGGUUUCAAACUCAUGACUCGAUUGUCUCCUCUCUUAUCAUCAUAUUCAGCUCGGGGGUUUUGGCCUUUUGCCUAAAUUUCUCUAUUUUUUACGUCAUUCAUUCAACCACUGCUGUGACUUUCAAUGUCGCUGGAAACCUCAAGGUGGCUGUUGCUGUCUUGGUAUCUUGGUUGAUUUUCCGGAAUCCAAUCUCGGGCCUGAAUGCCGUGGGAUGUGCUAUCACACUGAUGGGGUGCACAUUCUAUGGGUAUGUGAGGCACAAGCUAUCCCAGUCCCACCACCCGCCACCGAGCACUCCCAGGACCCCGCGGACACCACGGAGCCGUGUCGAGUUGCUCCCUCUUGUAAAUAAUGACAAGCUAGACGACAAAGUGUAAUUUCUCUAGGCGAGCUGCGGGGAAGGGAGAAAGGAAGUAGUUACUACUAGAGAAGAGACGAGGGGAGGAGAUACAGAUUUUUAACCUUUUCUUAUAUUAGAUUUACAUGAGAACAUUAUUUAGGGUAUGCUUUCUUGGUUCUUUUUUUUUCUCUGUGGGUAAAUGAUAGGAGAACCUUGAGUUACAUUGUUCUUUUACCUUAAUUAUAUAGGAUGCAUUUGAUAUUAACCAAUAUUUAUAUCAUUGCGUCUUCUGUUUCGAGCU